AGUGAAAAUUUAAGCUGAUGGCUCCCAUACAAGAAGGAUUAGACUACAGUGAGUUAAGAUGCCAUCGAGACAAAGCGGAAAGAGUUACAAGAAGCCAAGUGCCACUGUACUUCAGAUCGAGGCCAGUGCAUUGUUUUCCAUCAUCAAACACACCUCGGAAAACUAUCCAUCGUUAUACUCGGGGGCAUUAUUAGGGUUUGAAGAUGAUUCUGGGUUAUUAGAUAUCACCCAUGCUUAUCCAUAUCCAUAUCCAGAUCAGUAUGAAGGAGGGUCGUUACGUUCCAAGAGCGGAAACAGAUAUCAACAAGAGAUCUUGGAUACAUUAAAGGAAUUAGAUCAUGGGAUUGAAUUUCAAGGAUGGUUUCAAUCAACCGUUAGUGGAAGUUAUGCCACCAACCAAUUAGUUGAUUCCUUAGCACAACAACAGUUGAGUAAUAAUAAUGCAUUUGUAUUGAUUCACAAUAUGGCCUCGAUUAACAAGGAGAUUGAAUUGAAAGCCAUUAGAUUAACUGAAAAUUUUAUUGGAGCUUAUAUUGAUGGAAGAUGGAAAACCAAGGAUUUAGAAAAUAACAAAUUAUCAUUUUUAAAUAUUUUCGAAGAAAUUCCAAUCAAGAUUCAUAAUCAACACUUAGUUAAUUUAUAUUUAUCAAACUUAGAAGAAAAAGAUAUUAAAUCGCAAGAAGAAUUUGAAUUAUUCAAUUUAAAUUCAAACCAAAAUUCCACUGCUCAAUUAUUAGAAAGUUUAUAUAGUCAAAUUGAUUCCUAUAAUUUCGACCAAACCAAUUUUAAUUAUUAUCAAAGACAAUUACAAAAAGAACAUUCUAAAAUUACUGCAUGGAAACAACAAAGAAAAUUAGAUAAUUUCGAAAGACAAAAGCGUGGAGAAGCCGAAUUGGAUCUUGACGAAUGGCAAUCCGUUUUCAGAUUACCAAAUGGUCCUUCAAGAUAUAAUAAUAUCUUAUACUCUCAUACUAUUGACGAAUUGGCUGAUGAUCUUUUGAAAAAAUGCGAUGAAGAAUUAACUAAAAGUUGUGCUAUUGAAAGAAAAUUAACUGCUCAAGAUUAAUCUGUAAAUUAUAUAUUAAAUUAAGUUGUUAUUUAGUUGUUAUUCAACUAUUGUAAGUUGUAAGUUGUAAGUUAAAGUAUCCAUUUAUCCUAACGCACUUAUGAUUAGUCAGACACGGAGAAAGUGAAGGAAAUUGUGAUAAAUCAG